UGUCAAGAGUAAUAUACCUACCACAAGAGGUGAGAAUUUUGUUGUUUCUUUGAAAAUUAACAGUAAAUUUCACGAAACAAAAACCCUCCGUAAAAUACCACGAACCGUUAGUCGAGUAAUAUUCUGAUGUAAAAACUAUCGUAUCGCCCUUGUAUAGACGAAAAGUCGGUAAUGCUAUGUGCAAUACCUGUAAUGUUAAAAAUUCUAAUGAUCAACCAGACGAUCUAUCCUCGUAUCACAGACAAACAACCGCUUCUCUAUCUCCCUUUCUCUUACGAUCAAAGUACGGGUACACUUCUGCUAUUGAUGAUAAAUUUAAUACAUAAUUGUUGAGUUCCGUUGGUUGGAGGUUAAAGAGAAUGAUAUUUUGAUAUUUAACGCAUGCGUUUGUAUAUCGGUUUCAGUUUCCGCGGUGAGUUUUAGUACGAAAAGUGUGGUUAGGUUAGGUAAGAGUGGGCCCAAAAAUAUCCAAAAUUUCUAGAAAUUGCUCGUUUUCACCGUCUUGCAAACAGCACCAACCAGCACCGUUGUUCUAGUUUCCAGCUUUUCACGCACAGAUCACCCAAAAUGUAUCACCAGUGCACCCCAGGACAUAUCAACAUGAUGAAUACAAGUGAUGGAAGAUGACGAUGAUUUCUACGAUACGAUCUCAGUUAAUUCGUCCGUGCCGGGUAGAAAACGUUUCAAAGACUACCUCAGUUUAUCCAGGAAUACCAUUUACCGUUCGAUCAUGGAUUUCGAUGACGGUAACAACGUGGAAAUGGCGAGUCUGGAUCAGAAUAAGGUGCCAAUUAAUAGAGAUGUUAAAACAUACGAACAGUGGAAAAAUAGGAGGUGGAGAAAUUUCUCAAGCCGUGACUUGAGUGUCGACUUCGUCCUAGCCUACGAUGACCAAGGUAAAGAUUCCGAUAUACAGAAACGAGUCAUAUUCGAGCACAGUUUGGAAACUACCGGUCUGAUACUGGAGAGAGAAGAAAAUCAACGGAUACAUUUCGUGAAAAUUCAUGUCCCAAGAGAAGUGUGUAGCAGAUACGCCGAGGUUCUUAAAUUGAGGUUACCAAUUAGAGAUGAAGAACAAUGUCCCAUAACCAAGGAGAACAUUGUAUCACAAACAGCAAAUAAAGUCUUGAAACGAUUUAAUGUGUUAUUAGACCCCAAAAAGUUUCCUGAACAGAAAAACCUUUUAACGGCGGAAUUUAGCAAGGAUAAAAAUUAUUUAUUUAAUAUUGAUGAUCCAGAUUUCUUCAAUAUAUCUGUUAAAAUAACUGUUAUUUCAUACAUAUUAGAGAGAGAAAAAUUCGGAGAAGAAGAUCAAGAUAAGGGUAUCAAAAGACUGAUUACGGAAGGUAUAUACAAAGCUGCGUAUCCUUUGCAUGAUGGUGAUCUCCAUGACAGAACCUCAAAGCGGAAACUCCUUUUAGAUGAAUGGGCAUCAGUGUCAAAAUGCAUUAAAUAUCAACCAAUAGACGAAAUUAAAGAUAUUUCGGCGUAAAAUUGGCCCUCUACUUCACCUGGCUGGGAUUCUAUACUCAUAUGUUGAUUCCGGCUUCGAUAGUCG